AUGACGUUUCUUGUCGAGUAUACGAAAGACGGCAGCGCAGUGCAGCAGUGGCGCCUGCGUGAAGGGAGCUGCUACUCUCUGGGAAGGAAUACCAACUGCAGCAUCGUGUUACCACACAUCUCGAUGUCAAGGCGGCAUGCCUUGCUGCUGCUGAGGUCUGCGCCAGCGGCUACAGAGGAAGCCGUUGUGGAGCUUCAUGAACUGGGAGCGGUGAACGGCACUUUGGUAAACGGAGAGAGAGUCAGGGGGCGAUCCAGAAUCGUUCUUCCCAAGGAGGCGGCGCUCUCUUUUGCAGAAAAUCCCCAUGUUUACAGAUUGCUGCCAAGAUCUGUGGUGGAGGGAGGCGUUGAGGUUUUUCGUCCCCGUAGCUGCUCCCCUCCAAGCUCUGAGGAAAGACGGCAGUCACGUUCUCCAGAGAGGCUUCAGCAAAGCCUCUCCGGACGAAGCAGCAGCACUGCCAAGACAGCUGAGAGCUCGAAGGGAGGCUUUGAGGAGGCAGUCUCGGGUAGCAAGAGGCGCAGCAGCAGCAGCUCCGGGAAGAGUAGAGAGCAACAAGAGGGGGGUGUUCGUGCUGCUGCUGCUUCUGAGUCACUGGAAGGCAAGACGAGGAAUGCACUGUCUUUCUCUCAUUCACACAUGCCGCCUACUGCAGACACGCAGAAUUGCCCCCAAAGCGUCAGCAGCAGCGAGGCGCGUGGGGAAGACAACAGCAGUCCAACCAUCAACAGCAGCAGCAGCAGCAGCAGCAGCAGCAGCAGCAGUGCUGCUCCUGGCGGUAGACGUCGCAGUCGUUGGACCCGACGUUCGCCUUCUCCGGGAGCAGUUGACUCGAGCAGCGGCUGCCCAGGAGAGCAGCAGCAGGAGAGGCAUCAGAACGAGCAUCAGAGAGAGCAUCAGAGAGAGCAGCUCGAAGCCGACAAUCUGAGCGCUCUGCUGGCGAGACUGAACGAGGCCAAGAGGCAGCGGGAGGCUGCGAAGGAGCAGCAGAAGCGACAAGAGCAGGCUGCUGCUGCAGCGGUAGCUGUGACUGCAGUAGCCGCAGCAGCAACGGCCGCUGCUGGCGGCUCUGGUCUUAGCGUUCAGGAGAAGCGGCGUCUGCUGUGGAGCAAGAGGAAGCUGGGAGAGCAGCAGCAGGAGAGGCAGCAGCAGCAGGAGAGGCAGCAGCAGCAGGAGGAGGCGGAUGCGGAUCCCAACCGAUACGUUUUGUCGUUCGGAGGAGACUCGGAGAAGAAGACAAAAUUCUUGAAGCUCAUGGGUCAUAAGGGAGAUCCUGUCGCCGCUUCUGCGCCUUGCGAGGCUCCGGCUGCAGUGCCUCACUUGGACCCCAAACAAACGCACCGCAUCAACUGCGAGUUGGAGCUGCAGUACUAUCAGGGGAUUCGUCGCAAGGACGGCAGGAAGACUGGUCUUGGCCUCUAG